AUGCCCUGUUGCCUCUUCACAGCAGCCGCUAUUACGUUCGAGUUCCAAAGACUCGUGGUCGACGCCGGAGCGGCCGCUGCCAAGGCUCACGUGCGGCUUUGCUGGCAGUGCGGCCAGUCGUGCGUGACAGGCUCCAGUCACACCACCGUCACCCACAGGUCCGUGGUGUAUGUUUGCGGCGGUGGCGAGGUGCGUGGCGGCCGGUAUUUGCGUGGCACGAGCGGGUUCCGGACAGCCGCUAUUACGUUCGAGUUCCAAAGACUCGUGAUCGACGCCGGAGCGGCCGCUGCCAAGGCUCACGUGCGGCUUUGCUGGCACUGCGGCCAGUCACACCACCGUCACCCACAGGGCACCCAUACCCACGAGCUAGCACGGAUCACGGCCGAUAUGGGCGCUGAAAACGAGCGAUGA